AUGGCCGACGACGAUACCAGCAGUACCCCGCUCGACCUGCUCCUCAAUGCCAUCUCUGGUAAUGGGGGAUACGCGUUUUCCGAGGGUGACGGGAACCACUUUACUGAGGGUCUUGAACCGUCCUUUGAAGCCCAGCAAGAUGGCGGCGAGAUUCUACUCGAGAAUGACCACAAUGGAGACCAAGGGCGGUUAGAGAAGGAGGAGGAGGAGAAGGAGGAGAAGGAGGAUGCACCAUCGCCGCGCCAGGCGCGCAUCCAAAGUACCCUCCGCGACCACUUUGCGGGCGGUCGCGACACGUUCAGUACCGUUGAGGUAUGGCAUCCCAAGACGGGUCAGAAGAGUUAUGGCAAAGAGCGGCGUAUUAUCCAACCACCUCCAACGCUGCGGGUUAGCGGUCCUCUCGCGCCGUUAAUGACGUACGUCACUCUUAGUGCGCAUCCCAACACGGACGCCGAACCUGGUCGCGUAUGUUUCUCUUCCCAGAGCCAUAGGUUUGGAUUGGCCGAUCCCGACCCCCAGUCCGAACCCCACUUUGGGGAAACUAAAAAGGACGAGCGUGAGCGGCGGACGCGCGCUCUCCGUGCACAAGCGAGCCGCGCAGGUUGGGGGAGUACUCUGCCCUGGGAGCGCAGCCGGAUUGGCAUUCGUGGGAGAGAGGAGGUUGGGGAGGGGAUCACCUUCCCUGGUCUGUGGGUUGGCGAGGAGACGGGGAAGAGUAAAGAGUUUCGCCUCGAGUUGAGUGUUGGCGCGCCUGGAGUUGAGGUUGACGAGGGCGGACAGCCCCUCAAUCUCUUGGAAGGGGUUGAGAGCGUCGAUGCCGAUGCUCCCCUCGACGAGGCUGCGUUGAGACACGUGUUAGGAAGUAAUAGCGUGUUCCCAGAUAUGGUGUUGCCCCAGGUGCUCGAGAGCGAUGUCGACGCUGCAGUUGCGGCGGCGCAAGAGCAUUCGCAACACGAGCAACCCGAGACUCUUGAGACGCAGCUCAACACUCAAAGUGAAACACUCGAGGCACACUCGACCCUCACGCACACCGAUACUCUCCCCAACGACAUGCUGUCCAACACCCAUCCGGACGCGCUCCCUGUACAGGCCCUCCCGCCUGCGCCGUGGGCGACGUUCGUGUCGAAUCCACUCACGAUCGUGUCCAAGCCUUCGCAGAAGACCGCUCGUGCACGCAGCAUGGCGUCGUGUUUGUCGAGUAGCGACCCAUUCGCCCUCUUCGUCCGUGUCAAUGCGCAAACAGUCCGCACCAAGCUCCUCAACCUCGACGGCGCCGACACAGACUCGCCGACACUUACGGCCCGUGCAGCCAAGUGGACACCCUUCCGUUUCGAGGUCGUUCAGCGCGCCGCGUCGCCCGAGGACGAGCGGCGAGGACGCUUCAAGCUUGACGCGACCGAUGACGUUGUCACCUACGGCUCGGUCGUCCGACUCGUCGAUGUGACGAGCGGUGUUCGCAGUGACCCCCUCCGCCUCGUGCGUGUCGACAAGAACGAGGUGUUGGCCGGCAGCGACGUCGGGCACCCCGUCAGCGAGUUGCAGCGAAUUGGGCUUGUGCGCGUCAAGGAGAACCUUGAGGACGACAUGCCCGGCGCACGGCGAUGGUACCUCUCCAGUCCAGGCGCGUUGGCUGGUGCAGGUGAAGUCAAAACCUCGCGAACGCGGCUGCGCAAGUCUGUGUCUGCAAAGGAGGAGGACCCCGAACCCGAGCCGGAACAGCAGCCGCGCAAAAAGCGAAAGACGAAACGGCACGCACUGGCUCGCGCCGUCAUCGAGGAGGAGGAGCAGGGCGUCAGCGCGUCUGGCCUCAUGUUCAAGGCCGCCGAGCGGCGGGCCGCAGUCGACGACCAGGGGAUACAGUCUGUCAUUGAGACGGUGCAGGACAGCAUGUGCUGGGUGCUGUCGAGUGUUGGAUGCUUCUCAUACACGUUCUUCAACGGUCUUGGGGAGCCCGGGUCACUACCGACCACUUCGCUCGAUCCCGUGCCCCGUCUUCUCGUUAAUCCAAUCAUCAACACUGCUAGUGCACCAGCAACCCUGCAGCUGACGUUGUCCGACUUCUUCGUGCCGGACGAGUUGGGCGCGCCGCUUCCGCUUCAUGUGUAUCUAGGCCCUAUUGGCCCGCUGCGCGCUACGACGUGGCGCUCAGUUGCGCCUAAGGAGAAGUACUUUGACCCGCACUCGUCGCUCGACGCGAUACCAUACAGCGGCGGCGCUGAAGAAGCCUCUCUGCCCGACGACACUCCUGUUGUGCGCAGUAACUUUCCCCACAGCGUCCCACACGUCAUCGUCUCCGUCCACCUGCCGCCAAUGGAGGAGCUCGUCCGCGCCAUGCAACCUCAACCUCCAGCCGUACCUCACGAAGACCCGUGGCUCGGGCUCGGUGCUGGCGAGCUCACGAUCCAAGAGGCCUUACACAACGCCCACAAGGCGGCUGAGCCCGACGGCGACAUGGCCUUGGAACCGCAGGGCGAGUUUGGCGUCGAUAACCUGAACCAACUGGAUGCCACACUGAACGACGCCGGGAACGCCGCUGCAACUGCCUCCACGAGCAUCAGUCCCCCGCUGCCGGUGGGCCCGCAACAUGGAUGGGCCGAGUCGACGAUUGCGAUGCAUCGAGCCAGGCAGACUGUCGCCGAGGAGAAUGCCCUGCCUGUGCUUUUGGUUCGUCCGGACGGCGUGGGCAACGGCAUCGGCUGGAGUCUAGAGCGGGGACCGAGUUUGCCCGUCUCCGAGUCGGUGGGAGCAGGGAUCCGGAUUGUGCAGACGGCUGCGCUUACAUUGGUGGCUGCCACAUUGGCCGUAUAA